GCACGCAGGUGAGGACGCCGCCUUGGGUCGGGCGUGUGAGCCGGGCAGGUGCUGGCAGCGACCUUGCGGCGGAUCUGGGGAGUCGGGCGUCAUGACCCCCGUGAAGACUCAGUACUCCUUGGCGGGUCAGCCAUAUUCAGUGCCCCUGAUCCAGCCAGACCUGCGAAGAGAGGAGGCAAUCCAGCAAGUGGCAGAUGCCCUGCAACACUUACAGAACAUCUCUGGAGACAUCUUCAGCAGGAUCUCCCAGCGAGUAGAACUGAGUCGGCGCCAGCUGCAGGCCAUCAGGGAGAGGGUCUCCCUGGCCCAGGCUAAGAUAGAGAAAAUCAAGGGCAGCAAGAAGGCCAUCAAGGUUUUCUCUAGUGCCAAGUACCCAGCGCCAGAGCGCCUGCAGGAAUAUGACUCCAUCUUUACCGGUGCCCUUGACCCUGAUCUGCAGAGAAGACCCCGUUACAGGAUCCAGAGCAAGCACCGCCCACUGGAUGAGCGGGCCCUGCAGGAGAAGCUGAAAUACUUUCCUGUGUGUGUGAACACCAAGUCGGAGCCUGAGGAUGAAGCUGAGGAGGGACUUGGGGGUCUUCCCAGCAACAUCAGCUCCAUCAGCUCUCUGCUGCUUUUCAACACCACAGAAAAUCUGUAUAAGAAGUAUGUUUUCCUGGACCCUCUGGCUGGCGCAGUAACAAAGACGCACACGAUGCUGGGCACGGAAGAGGAGAAGUUGUUUGAUGCCCCUCUGUCUAUCAGCAAGAGGGAGCAGCUGGAGCAGCAGGCUCCGGAAAACUACUUCUAUGUGCCAGACCUGGGCCAAGUUCCUGAGAUCGAUGUGCCAUCCUACCUACCCGACUUGCCUGGCAUCGCCGAUGACCUCAUGUACAGUGCGGACUUGGGCCCUGGCAUUGCCCCCUCUGCUCCUGGUGCCAUUCCAGAACUGCCCACCUUCAACACAGAGGUAGCUGAACCUUUCCAACCAGAACUAGAGAAUGGGGUGCUGCUGGCAGCACCGCCACCGCCACCACCGCCACCGCCGCCUCCUCCAGCUCCCUCAGUGGUGGUCAGCACCCCCCAGCCGCCAGCGUUCCCUGAAGUGACAACUGCACCCGGCCAGGUUGCCAGGGAAGAAGAUACUAGCAGCGGCGUGGUCCACUCAGCCUCUGUUCAAGGAGCCCCUAAGGAGGUGGUUGAUCCCUCCAGUGGCCGGGCCACUCUGCUUGAGUCCAUCCGCCAAGCUGGGGGCAUUGGCAAGGCCAAGCUGCGCAGUGUCAAGGAACGCAAACUGGAGAAGAAGAAACAGAAGGAGCAGGAGCAAGUGAGAGCCACCAGCCAAGGCGGAGACUUGAUGUCAGACCUCUUUACCAAGCUCGUCAUGAGGCGCAAAGGUAUUUCUGGAAAAGGACCUGGCACCGGAACCAGUGAGGGGCCCGGGGGAGCCUUCACCCGGAUGUCAGACUCCAUCCCACCGAUGCCACCGCCCCAGCAGCCCGCAGGAGACGAGGAUGAUGAGGACUGGGAGUCCUAAGAGUGCUUUGAGCCUUCUUGCACAUUCAGCAGGAACAGCCAGGAGGGACUCCUUGGCCAGCCGGGGCUUCUCGGGUCUUGUUGCCCAAAGAGGUCCAGGGUCGGUACCUGAUUUCUCUUCGUGGAGUGGAGGCUCUGUGAGCCAUCUGCUGCUUCCCUGCUUCAUGUGACUGCUUUGCUUGAUCCUCCACUGAAGAGCGCCACAGCAAUGUGGUGGAAUAAAGAAAGUAACUAGACCUGAA